AUGAAGAUGCUGCCAUGGCUUCUUGUUUUCUCUGUUCUGGGUCUCAGGGCAUGGGAUACUCCCACCCUUGUCUCCCGCAAUGAGUGGGGGUCAAGAACAUUAAACUGCAGUGCCCAGUUGACACAGCCUGUGGCCUACGUCAUCAUGGACCAGCUCAUGAAGCUAGAGUGCCAGGAGCAGAACAUUUGUAGCUGGAAGCUGCGGGGACUUCAAUCUCAUUUCGUCUACACCAAAGGCUGGUGCGACCUGCCAUACAACUUCCUGAUUGGGGAUGAUGGCAGGGUGUAUGAAGGUGUUGGCUGGAACACCCAAGGCUUGCACACCCAAGGCUACAAUAACAACUCUCUGGGCAUUGCCUUUUUUGGCAGUAAGAUGGGUAGCAGCCCUACUCCUGCUGCCUUAUCAGCCGCGGAGGGCCUGAUUGCCUAUGCCAUCCAGAAGGGUCACCUGUCACCCAAUUAUAUUCAGCCACUUAUCCUGAAAAAUGAGAUCUGCCUGGUCCCUCAAAAGCCAGUGAUGCCUAAGACAGUUUGCCCUAACAUCAUCACACGAUCUACUUGGGGAGCCAGAGAAACACAGUGCCCUAAAAUGAACCUCCCCGCCAAGUAUGUCAUCAUCAUCCACACUGCUGGGAGAAGCUGCAAUAUGUCUGUGGAUUGCCAAUUUUGUGUUCGAGAUAUACAGACCUUUCUUAUGGAUCAAAGAGAUUUCUGUGACAUUGCCUAUCACUUCCUGGUGGGCCAGGAUGGUGGUGUGUAUGAAGGUGUUGGCUGGCAUACCCUAGGCUCUCACACCUAUGGAUACAACGAUAUUGCCCUAGGAAUUGCCUUCAUAGGAAACUUUGUAGAAAAGCCGCCAAAUGACGCAGCACUGGAGGCCGCCCAGAACCUGAUCGAGUGUGCUGUGCAUGAGGGCUACCUGGAUACCAACUACCUUCUGGUUGGGCACAGUGAUGUGGUCAGUAUUCUGUCUCCUGGGAAGGCUUUGUACAACAUCAUUAAGACCUGGCCUCAUUUCAAACAGUGA